AUGAAUAUAAUUAAUUAGUUAUUUAGAAGGAUAAAAUAAAAUAAUAAAAAAUAAAUCAAUUAAUAAUAAAAUCAAAAGUUGAAAAUACAAAAAUUAGUUAAAUCAACUAAGAAAAAAAAAACAAUCAAAAUAAAAAUGAAAAAUUAAUUAGUUAAAAGCUAAUAAAUAAAUUAUUAAGCUCUAUUGUUUUAAAUUAAUUUUUAUAUUAAAAAAUAUCAUAAUCAAAAACGAAUAAACUGUUUGUACAGAAGAUAAAGCUUCAAAUAUAAGAGAUUAGUGCAGUUUGAUAAAGCCAAACCUAAAUCUGAUACACCUUUAUCGCUAAUUUAAUUGGAACUUUUUAAAUAUUAAAAAAAAAAAAUAAUUAAUUAAUUAAUCAGUUAGAAGGAAAAAAUGAUUAAAAAAUAUUAGUUUAUAAACAAAGGAAGGAAAAGUAAAACAAGCAAAAUAAAAAAUAAAUCAAUUAAAAACCUAAUAGAUAAAUAAGAGUUAUAUUAUUUUAAAUUCAUUUUUAUAUUAAAAUGUUGUCACAUUCCAAAACAAAUAAACUUUUUUUACUAUAGAUUAAGUGUCAAACUUGUGAGAUUAGUGAAGUUUGCUAAACUAGAGCCUAAGCCUGAUGCACCUUCGUCACCAAUUUAAUUCUAACUUUUAAAAUAUUGUAGAAAAAUAAAAAAUUAAUUUGUUAAUUAGAAGAAAAAUAUGAAAUAGUAGUAAAUGAAUAAUUUAAUUAAUAAUAAAAGUAAAAGUUGA